AGGCCAGUAGAUCGAAUCGAAGAAGAAAGAAGAAAGCAGAGAGAUAAUAAUGUUCUCGACGCUCCCGGACGACGUCGUUCUGAACGUGUUCUACAAGCUGGACGACGACCCUCGCCACUGGGCCCGCCUCGCCUGCGCCUGCACCAAAUUCUCCUCCCUCAUUCGCAACGUCUGCUGGAAGACCAAGUGCCGCGCCGUCCUCCCCUCCCUCGUCUCCGCCGACGAUCCCCCCGCCGGCUUUUCCUCCCUCCACAAGCUCGCCGUCUGCUGCCCCGGCCUCCUCCACUCCGGCGUCCUCUUCGACCACUCCGAUUUCGGCCUCGAACGCGAGCUCGGCCCCGACCACCAGUCCUCCUCCUCCUCCUCUUCCACCCAAAUCAUCCACCACCAACCGCCGCCGCCUCCUCCGCCGCCAGAUUGCGCUUGGUCUCUCUAUGACGAUCUGUAUUUCGACACGGUUUACGACGCCUCCGAGGCCGCCGUAGCCUCUGAACCCCAAAGCGGCGGCGUGGUGGUCUCCGGUGAGUUCCCGGUCGGGAAAAGGCGGAAGAUCUGCAGAUCGAUGAGGUCACAUCUGGCCUCCGGGGUCUGGAAUCUGAACCGGGAGCAAGGCAACAAGCUUCUCCACAGCCGCUUCCGCGGCGACUCCCUGUACAUCUCCGACUGGCCCGGCUGCGUCCACGUGGAAGAGAAGCGCAACUAUAUGCUGUUCAGAGGGGUGUUCAAGGACUUCAAGGGGUCUCAGGUUUGGCGGAACAUCAAGGACGGCAGGAGGAGCAGAGUCGAGCUCUGUUGCGCUUAUUGCAGCUGCGACCACACUUGGGAUCUCCAUUCCGCCUUCUGUUUGCGACGCGGCUUCGGCUACCAUGAUGAUGGCGAGCCCGUCGUCAGGGCUUAUGUGUGCGACAAUGGUCAUGUUUCCGGGGCCUGGACCGACCUGCCUUUGUACGCUUAAUCUAGCUUUGCAACUUCAAUCGUUUGUCUUUGUUGCUGUUUUCGUUUCAAUAAGAAAGUUGUAAGAUUUGGUUGAAAAACUUCAGUGUUUAUGCUCAAUUGAUUUGAAUUCAGUUCU